UGCCACCUGGUAACACUGCUAACAAACACAAGGAGGAGGAAAUCGUGCAAAAUGUUCAAAAAAUUCGAGGAAAAAGACAGCAUUUCCAGCAUCCAGCAGCUGAAGUCGUCGGUUCAGAAGGGAAUCCGAGCCAAGUUGCUAGAGGCGUACCCGAAGUUAGAAACACACAUCGACCUCAUCCUGCCCAAGAAGGACUCGUACCGCAUCGCCAAGUGCCAUGACCACAUCGAGCUGCUACUGAACGGAGCCGGCGAACAAGUGUUCUUCCGCCACCGCGAUGGCCCGUGGAUGCCCACGCUGCGGCUGCUGCACAAGUUCCCCUACUUUGUCACCAUGCAGCAAGUGGACAAGGGCGCCAUCCGGUUCGUCUUGAGUGGGGCCAACGUUAUGUGUCCGGGCCUGACAUCGCCGGGUGCCUGCAUGACACCGGCAGACAAGAGCACUGUAGUGGCCAUUAUGGCCGAGGGCAAGGAGCAUGCGCUGGCCAUCGGACUGCUCACACUCUCUACAGAAGAAAUACUGGCGAAGAACAAGGGCAUCGGUAUCGAGACGUACCACUUCCUCAACGACGGACUGUGGAAAUCGAAGCCCGUGAAAUAGGUGAAAUGAGGAAUCUGCACUUGCACUUUUUAGUCUUCUAUGUCAUGAGAGCAAAGAAUGGUUUUUGAUAUGCAACUGAGUCCUGUUUAUUUUUUCUCCUAAUUUUAAUGUCAGUUAAGCUAUUUAAAUCAAUGCGAAAUAUAA